UGACAGUAGCUCAGCAUCGCUUGAAACAAAGACACGAAAAUGACAGAUACAUCAGUUAACUUGGCCACUGUAUCCUCGUAUAAUUGUGCUCUAGUUUUCCUGACUGUGGAAAGAGAGAGGCAACUGAUCCCCCAGGAGGCAAUGAAUGGAACUCAACAAUGCAGGAAUGCAAGCCAGUGUGUGUGUAUGUGUGUGCACCAGACAGUGUGUGUUUUUGUUGGUGUGUAUAUGUCUGUGUUUGAGUGAACAACGGGAGCGAGAUUUGGAAGCCGAUUUCCAGUUCCUAUAGCAACCAUGAUGUAAGCGUAGAGGGGCAACUGCGCCCCAUUUCUCUCUAUCUCUCCCCCCUCACUCUCCCUUUCUCUCCCUCUCCCCCUCGAAAAACACACAGCCCAGCACACAGGAAACCUGGGUGUAGAAGAUAGGGAAGUCAUCCUCAUUUUGCUGGAAUAUAAGCCAUUUUUUCUUGUAUUUAUAUUCUUUUUUUUUUUUUUUUUUUAGUGUUUUUAAGAUUUGCAAGCCAUUCAGUAGCAUGUACGUUUCAAACCUGGGAGAGAAAGGUCUGCUUGUCAUGUCUGCCAAGAAAAUCAUUUAGUGCCAGAGGCUGUAGCAAUUGGUGUAUGGCUGUUCUUAGAUGAAGUCCUUGUAGAGAGCGCCUUUGUGAACUUUAUUGCUUUUGGAUUUUUUGAAAAGGAUAAAACUGGUAAGUCCCAGUUACCUCUAAUGAGGUCUGCCCUUUCACUGUGCUCAGAGACCCCAGAAGCAGCGGCAUGGAGAACCGGCGCUGCCAGCACCCUCAACAGUCCAAUACCCAGGCACAAGAGGCCUCGUCUGGGCCGCAGUCCUCCAUGCCCCAGUCCCCUUUACUGUCUGGAGCCUCCUCCCUCAUCUCCCUUACCCAGACAGAGGAGUUCUUUGACCUGAUAGCCAGUUCCCAGAGCCGCAGACUGGAUGACCAGAGAGCCAGUAUAGGGGACCGUCUGGGCAUCAGGAUAGCACAGAACAAUGUGGGACACUUGUGUGAGGCAUGUAGUCCACAGGAACCUAGUGAUGAGUUUUUCAACAUGCUCAUAAAGUAUCAGUCCUCCAGAAUCAAUGAUCAGAGGUGCUCUUUGCCACCAGCACCAGACCCAGAUGAAGACUUCUUCAGCCUUAUUCAGAGGGUGCAAUCCAAACGCAUGGAUGAACAACGGGUUUCUUUUCCUUCUGAUGAAACGGAUGAAACAGACUUAAAUUAUAAGUCCAAAACCUCUGAGGGCUCAAGCUAGAGACUGUAGCACUUCUGAUACGACUUCCACAAAGUCUUCUGCAAACUCUGACUCUCUGGCUGCACAUUUUAAAGAUCUUCCAAGGCUGGGGUUAGGGGGGAGUAAUAUAGGUUUAUUUUAAUUAGUAGGAUUAUAUCAUGUUGAAUUGUUUCAUAUUUUUACAGUCACCUUGAGUUACCCUGAGGUGAAUCCAAACUCGACAGAUGUGAUUCUGAGGAAAUGGAAACACUCACAUGUUUGUAUGUUCCAAUAAUUGUUCCUUCACAAAAGUGUUUGUGCAGAUUUCAAGCAAAGCAACGCCAUGGAAAAUGAUUAACAUGAUGCUUUCCAAGGAUAAUAUUACUAACUACUGUCACACAACACAAUAUAGAUCGGUGUGACAAACAACAGCAGCACAUAAUCUACAAACAGGUGCGUGUUCAUUUAACUCAAGUGGAAAGUAUGUUUCAGCACACACUGAAUAUGAAUGAACUGAUACCAGCAGAUGGGAGCAAUUGUAUUUGGCAUGACACUGAAGUUGUAUGGCUCAUGGAUUAGUUCAUGUGGUUGUCUAAUUCUGCUGAUAAGUAAUAUAAGUAAUACUAAUAGUAACAGACUUAAAGGGUUAGUUCACCCAGAAAUGAAAAUUAGCCUGUGUUUUACUCACCCUCAAAGCAUCCUAGGUGUAUGUGAUGUUCUUCUUUCAGACAAAUCUUAUACUAAAAACUGUCCUGGCCCCUCCAAGCCUUUCAAUGGGGCUAAGCAGGUGUUGAUUGUCAACAGUUCAGAAGACGUGAAAUAACGUAAUGAUGCACAUCUGUAAUAAAACAUCCCUCACAUGGCUCCGGGGGUGUGAAUAAAGGCCUACUGUAGUGAAUCCAUGCAUUUUUGUAAGAUAAAUAUCCAUAUUUCAAACGUAAUAAACACUUUUCUAUCACUUCCACCUUCUGUCAAGCCAUUCCGGCGGAUGACAUAAUACGUUGGUGUUGCAGGAUUAGUGACGAGCGCGGAGACAAAACAAAUUUAGAAGCACAAAACGAGGAUUUGUAAAGAAAAAUGUCAGAGGAUUUCGAUAUAAGCCAAGAGGAGACUGGUUUUCCUUUGCUAAAGUAAGGAAACUUUAUUUCCUUUGCUCCUAUAAGAAAAAUUUGCUAGACCUGUAUACUGUAUCUCAAAAGAUACAGCCC